UUCAAAUUAAUUGUGCAUUUUGGAGACAAGAAUUGGUAUUGUGCAAGAUUGAUUAAUCCUGUUGAAUCAUGACUGAGAAGAAGAAAAUAGUGCUAGGAAAAUACGAAAUGGGAAGGCUUCUAGGAAGAGGAACCUUCGCGAAGGUGUACCUCGGGCGAAACCUAGCGACGGAGGAAUGCGUGGCAAUCAAGGUGAUCAAGAAAGACGAGGUGAUCAAGAGCGAGAAGAUGAUGGAGCAGUUCAAGCGCGAGAUCGCGGUGAUGCGGCUCGUCCGCCACCCCAACAUCGUCGAGCUCAAGGAGGUGAUGGCCACCCGCUCCAAGAUCUUCGUCGUCAUGGAGUACGUCCGCGGCGGCGAGCUCUUCGCCAAGGUGGAGCGCGGCCGCCUCCGCGAGUCCCCCGCCCGCCGCUACUUCCAGCAGCUCCUCAGCGCCCUCGACUUCUGCCACAGCCGCGGCGUCUUCCACCGCGACAUCAAGCCCGAGAAUCUCCUCCUCGACGAGAACGAGGACUUAAAGAUCUCCGACUUCGGCCUCUCCGCCCUCCACGACGGCGGCCUCCUCCACACCCAGUGCGGGACCCCCGCCUACGUCGCCCCCGAGGUCCUCAAGAUGAAGGGGUACGACGGCGCCACAGCCGAUGUGUGGUCGUGCGGCGUCGUUUUGUAUGUUUUGUUGGCGGGUUUUUUGCCUUUUCAAGAGGAGAGUUUGAAUGGGAUUUAUAGGAAGAUAUUUAGGGGUGAUUAUCAGAUUCCCCCUUGGUUUUCGAGCGAAUCGAGGCGUUUGGUCUCUAAAUUGCUAGUGGUGGACCCCACUAAACGGAUCUCGAUUCCCGGGAUAAUGCGUGCCACGUGGUUCCGCAAGGGUUUUAAAAGACCCGAUGUGUUCGAGGUGGCGGAAGAGGAGGAGGAGAAUGAGAGACAGGUCGUGCACGAGACUAUUAAAAAAUCCCCGUCGUCGCCGGCGUUUCUGAACGCAUUUCAGUUCAUCUCGUCGAUGUCGACGGGGUUCGAUCUCUCGAACAUGUUCGAGGAUCGGAGGAAGAAGGGGUCGACGUUCACGUCGAGAUGCUCGGCCAGGGUGAUCAUGGGAAAAAUCGAGGUCGUGGCGAAGAAACUAGGGUUUAGGGUUGCUAGGACCAAGGACUUUAAAUUGAGGCUGGUAGGGCCAGCCGAGGGGCGAAAGGGGAGGCUAUCCGUCACAGCCGAGGUUUUCAAGGUGGCGCCUGAGGUUACGGUGGUCGAGCUCUCGAAGCUCUCAGGCGACACGUUGGAGUACGUGAACUUUCGCGAGGAGGAUGUUAGGCCGGCCUUGAAGGAUGUGGUUUGGACUUGGCAAGGGGACAAUGUGUUCAAUCGUGAUGAUCAAAUUUGUGUUGAGGGGUAAGGUUGCUUAUCUACUUUUUAGUCUCAAUUUUUAUUAUUAUUAUUAUUAUUAUUAUUAUUAUUAUUAUUUUUAUAUUAGUGGCCAAAUUAAGGUCACACAUGUUUGUUGGUUUGUAGUUAGUUGAUUGAAAAUUUGUAAACCUACAACAUAAUAUGUGUGUACAUAAUUUUAUGUAUAUGAAUUGCUAUUUAUACGUACAUCGUAG